GACAGGACUUCCAUGUUGAUGCUUGCACAUAUAUCUGCAUUACUUACUGCCUCACGAGCGUCUCUCUCAAGUCUCAAGAGAAAGAGCGUGAUCCAUCCAAGAGAAAGAGCGUGAUCCACCACCAGACACAAACACAGCCAGACAAACACCCCCGCAAUCAAUCAAGGCAUUCAGCAACCGGCCUUCCCGUCACCAUCCAUCGCAUGCACCAUUCACUCACACAGUGCGUUGUUCUACCAGACACAGCUCCUCUCACCCAUCACAGUUACAUUAGUUCUGCGUUCGUCGAGCGCGGGAAAAAACAGCGCAGUACAGGCAGCAGGCAUUGUUGUGAGGUCAAAGCCAGCGAGUGAGACAUCCUUACCUCACAUGUAAGCAAGCGAAAAUCGAAUUCACAGCCUCAGAGCACUAGAAAUUGAGUGGGGUGUGUGCCCCUAGACUAGAAAAGGGUGUCUGUCUGUCUCAUCCCUCCCCUCCAAAAGGGAGGGUGAGAGCACGACGCCCAACAGGAAAAACAGCACAUAUCAGUGGUGCCCCACGACUGACUACAAAACGGUCAUCUGCAACAACCGCGCGGUCUCCAUGAAUGCCAUGCCGCCCGCCAUUGUACGAAUCACGUCGCUCUUUCUCUCUCUCUUUCUCUCUCCCUUCGAGGGAGACCCCCACCAGAAUGCCCCCCACUCUCUCUCUCUCCUCCGAGGAAGAGAUCCCACCAGAAUGCCCCCCACUCUCUCUCUCCUCCGAGGAAGAGAUCCCACCAGAAUGCCCCCCAUACACAACACACACGCAAGAAGCCCCACGCAAGAAAUAGCAAUAGAAAGUGAUGCCCUACGACUAGAAAAAGGUCGCAUACGACCAGACUAGACUUCUUACAAUCAAUGGCCCCCCCGGUCGGGAGCCACCUCGCCGUAGGAAUCGGGGAGGAACUUGCCGAAGAGCGACAGGUACAGCAUGCGGUAGAUGUCAGUGUUGUCGAAUCGUACGCUGAACUCCUUGCUCAGCAGCUCCGAGUUGAUGCCCUCGGCGCGGGCCACAAUGCCACCGCCGACGUCGUCAGUGCCAGACCAGCCUGAAAGAGAACAAACAAAACCAACAGACAGAGCCCACACAGGAAGAGACAGUCAGAGGAGCUGCAUACACUGAUUCCCUUGCAUGCCGUGUGCAAGUGUUGGUCGCGCCAGUAACCUACCGAUGGCAAAUUUCUGUGGAUCGCCGAAAUCGUUGGGCUCAGCAGUGAAAGGCUCGGUGUUGCGGCCUUCAACGCCGUCGAGCUCGAACCUGUCCGCGAGGUCCUCCUCCUGACGUGUCAACAGAAUCCCAGGCGCGAGACAUGUGUGCAGCCCAGCCACCCUCAGACACACUACGUGUGUCUCUCUCAUAUGCUUGUGUGCGUACCUCGUUGAUGCCCGUGGAAUUGCCGCCAGAGACCGUGACACGACCGUCGUUGUCAACGGGGGGAGGUCCGAAACACUGGGGGGCGCCACCGUCACUGAAGACAUGCAUGGCAGCAGACACCAGAUGGAGAGACAGGGAGCCGCCUUUCGCCUGGCUCGUGUACCUAUCGGCGGCGAGGAUGGUGAAGGUGUGGGGGUUCUCCGCGAUAAAGUGACGCACCACGCCGACGAGGUCAUCCGCGCGCUUGAUGGCAUUGAGCAUUCCGAUAGCCUGCAUGACAGGCACAUCACCAGCACAAGACAGCCACAUGUGAGGGCGGUAAGCCGUUGUCGACUUGGCUGGCUGGCUGGCUGGCUUACGUUAGCAUUGUUGGGGAGGUUGUCAGUGCUUUCGAUCUCGGCCACCAGGAAGAAGGGCUUGCCCCUGGCGUGGCUGUGGCGCUUGAGGAUCUCCAGGGCCAUCUUGCCCAGCUCUGCACCAGUCGCCGGGGCGAAACCACGUGUGUUCGGUCGGCUGCCGUAGAGGAUGAGGCGGCCCUCCUUGCUGCCGGCCUUCUCGGGGAUUACCAGUCCGAUGUCGAUCAACUUCUCCUCGGGCUCGUCGUUGAAGAUGUCGUCCCUCGCGAAGAGCCCCAGCACCUGAGAGAGCGACAGCAAUCACACACCAAACAUCGGCCGCGUGUCGCCCGCGGAGAGGGCAGAGGGUAGUGUUGACACUUCAUCUCAGACCUUCGGAGUGAAGUGGGGGUCCGCCUCAAUGCGGUGCAGGAGGGCGUCGAACUCCUCGCGAGUGCGGAUGACCUCGUACCCUUUGUUGGCGAACUCACGCAGCAGGUUGCGGUUGUCCUCACGCGAUGGGCCCUCGCCUGUGAUCUGAAUUAUGAGAGAGAGGACAAGUAAGGGUGUGUGUGUGUGUGGUUGCCAACCACACACACACAGGCGCUGUGUGUCAAGUGUGCCUCAGCUAGGUACCUGGUCCUCGUGGAUGAAACAGUCGAGCGUGACGUCCUCUUCGCACUUUGGCGUGCCCUUGGGAAGGAAGAAUCCCUCCCCGCCAGCCAGCAGCACCUCAGGCACCGGCUCGCCCUCUUUGCCCACCCGACCGUCGAGAAUCUGUCGCACGAUCUCCUCGCUCUCGUUGCGGUCCUCGACCUCGGACGUGAAGCACGCCGUCCCAGGCUCCGCCAAGUCGCCGUCGUUGACCAGGCCCGUGGGCAUUCCCUGAGCGGCCGCCUCGCGCAGGAUGGAGCCACCGAAGCCGCUCAGACUCUUGAUGGAGCGCCCGGCGUCGUUGCCGAAGGAGCUCGAGUCCACUUUGUAACCUGCAGGCACGCACAGAUCAACGACACCAAGCACAUAUGAGUGGGAUCCGACGUCCAACCAACUUGAGGAGUGGCCGGUGUGUAUGGUGUGGUGUGGUGUAUUGCGCUCACUGACCGAAGGCAUGGACGGUUGCGCCGCCGUUGGAUGUGCCGACGAGGCGGUCGAACAUGUGGCCUUUGUAGACGGCGAUCUCUGGCAGCUGGUCCCAGUUCCAGGAGAAGUCGUUGUCAGGGCCCGCCCAGUACAUGCGCCCCAGCUGGAAGUGGUUCUGCACACACACACUGUGUGACACACACAAGACGACAUUCCAACCGUGACACCAACCAGUGAGUUGAGUGCAAGGAUGUGGCUUGCACACACACAUACCAGGCCGGUGCCGUCAGGGUGAAGGAAGAUGGUGUUGCCGAUCUUGCCGGUCACGUGCUCGCCCCGCAUCUUGCGCACAGGUGUCGCCAGGGCAGGGAGGACCGCUGCAAAGACGACCACAGCGAGGACAAAAACACGCAUCUUGGUGGCAGCUAUGCUAUUGGCUGCAGCAGGGAGGUACAGUAACAGGGUGAACAGAAGCACAGAGGGCACACAAGAGAGAUAGGUCAGCAAGAGACAGCGGAAGAUGUCCAGGUCAGGGAGUGGAUGCGAAGCCGUCGCAAAAACAAUGUCAACUCAAGGCAAU